AUGGGUUUCUUGUAUUGGGUAGGCAAGCAAGCCCUUCAUCGCAUGUCCUGGAAGUUUCUUAAUGUACUGAAAGAAAGAACAGGAAUGGAAAGCAUCACCAAGGAGCAGAUAAAAGGAAUCCGAGAGCUCGUGAAGAAAGCGCAGGAAUGGGAUGAGAAAAAAGCUCAGAGGCAUGUCAUGUUCUCAUCUAAAAUGUCUGAUGAGGAAUACACCAAUCUUUGGAAGGUGGACUCAUACAUCAUAGAUGGAAAUGAUAAAGAAAAGCUUAAGAAUUUGGACCAGAGGACGGUGUUCAACAACAUCAUGUGGCUGUCUCGAAACGUGGAAAAGAUAGACUCAAACAUGAAGAAGUUUCUUGGAAUGCAUGUCUGGGUCGUCAACUAUUGGAUUAAGACUGUUGGAUCUGCAACAGUCAGAAAGUUUCUAAGAGAGAAUAACUAUAGUGGAGAGUUUGUGUACUUCCUGUAUAAAUACUUUAAUCUUUGA